AUGGCUGACCAGGCGCAACAGACUACCAGAAAGAGAACCUUCCGCAAGUUUAGCUACCGUGGUGUCGACCUCGACCAAUUGCUCGACUUGAGCAGCGAGCAAUUCAUGGAGCUCGUUCACGCCCGUGCCCGUAGAAGAUUCCAACGUGGCUUGAAGCGUAAGCCUAUGGGUCUUAUCAAGAAGUUGCGUAAGGCCAAGAAGGAGGCUGCUGCUGAUGAGAAGCCUGCUGUCGUCAAGACUCACCUCCGUGACAUGAUCAUUGUCCCCGAAAUGAUUGGCUCUGUUGUUGGUAUCUACAACGGUAAGACCUUCAACCAGGUUGAAAUCAAGCCUGAGAUGGUUGGUCACUACCUUGCCGAAUUCUCCAUCUCCUACAAGCCCGUUCGUCACGGUCGUCCUGGUAUUGGUGCCACCCACUCUUCCAGAUUCGUUCCCCUCAAGUAA